AUGGUGAUCCAGCUGUGUGAGGCGUCAGUUACCAUGGUGAUCCAGCUGUGUAACAUCAGUUACCAUGGAGAUCUGGCUCGAUGCUCAGAGCAGCAGGUCCUCAGGCUGCAGGCUGAGAACCAAAGUCUGCAGCUCCACCUGGAGGACGCUCAGAGACACUGCAGGCAGCUGGAGAACUCGGCCAGGUCGCACACACAGAACGCGUCUGUCCAGCAGGGGGAGCUGUGUCUGCUGCAGAAGGAGGCCCAGGCUCUCAGGGAGCGACAGGUGGAGAGCAGCAGGCAGCAGGCGGAGCUGGAGGCGGAGCUUCAUCUGCUGAGGGAGGAGUUAAGCCGACAGGUGACACUGGGACAGGCCCAUGUGACCUCCCAGCUGGUGGACAGGAUGAGCGGGAAGCACAGUGAGCUGGAGGGUCGCCUCGACGACCUGCUGUCACGCAUCGCCAUGGAGACGCAGGAGAUCAAAGAGCUGGAGCAGCAGCUGACCAACGGUCAGAUUUUGGCGAAUGAGGCUCUGCAGAGAGAUUUGGAGGAGGUGAUCUGUGGACUUCAGGAAUAUCUCAGAGGACUCAGACAGCAGGCUCGACGCUCAGAGCAGCAGGUCCUCAGGCUGCAGGCUGAGAACCAAAGUCUGCAGCUCCACCUGGAGGACGCUCAGAGACACUGCAGGCAGCUGGAGAACUCGGCCAGGUCGCACACACAGAACGCGUCUGUCCAGCAGGGGGAGCUGUGUCUGCUGCAGAAGGAGGCCCAGGCUCUCAGGGAGCGACAGGUGGAGAGCAGCAGGCAGCAGGCGGAGCUGGAGGCGGAGCUUCAUCUGCUGAGGGAGGAGUUAAGCCGACAGGUGACACUGGGACAGUUUCAGUGUGAAGCUCUGCAGGCGGCUGCACAUAAAGAGAAACAAAGCGGAGAGUUCAGAGAGUGUCAGCUGCAGUCCACCAUCCACCAUCUGCAGGAGGACAAGUCGUCUCUUCAGCAACUGAUCCAGUGUCUCCAGGUCCAACUGAGCCAGAGCAAAGCCCAGCUGGACCACACCAGGGCCCAGCUGGACCACAGCAGGGCCCAGCUGGACCCGUCUGCCCUGUCAGACUAUCAGGAGGACACGCUCAGCCGGGACAGCACGGAGCAGCAGAACAGAACCAGCAGGCACAACAGGGCCAGCAGGCGGCAUGUGGACCAGGACCAGAGCGACGGCCACCGGCGGAGCCUGGACCGCCUGGACAGGAAACUACGGCAGCUCGGCAGGUCCAUGAGCGCCGCCGAUCAGCUGACAGCAGAGCAGCUGGAGGUCUCCAUCGAACAGCUGAGAGCCCUGAACCUGACGGUGGAGCUGCUGCAGGCACAGGUGUGUUCCAGCACGGCAACACGGCAACACGGCAACAUGGCAACACGGCAACACGGCAACACACAGUAA